GUAGUACGUCGAAGGACGGCGCAGGGUUAUCGAGAGAACGGCCACUGAGGGCGCGGUGUUCUCACUUACAUUACGCCCGGCUCCAACGGAAUAACCAAUCGGAGCCGCGGUAGCGCCGCCAUUCUAUCGAGUUCGUGGCACGCCCUACAACUUCCUCCAUUGUCCUUCUUUCCGGGAUACUCUGCGAGGAAGGAUGGCUCAGAACAAUUAUUUUGGGUUUACUCACGGCGGAACGCAAUAUGGGGCAACUAGCGCUGCCGCUUAUCAAACCGGCCAAGCGGGAUACGCAGUAACGCCAGCGGCAACCGCCGCUACGUAUACUCAACGCCCGGCUGCUGCGGCGGCUACAGGCUACGAAACUUAUCAAGCAGCUGCAGCUGCAGCAGCUACAGGCACUACUUACGCGGCUGCAAAUCCUGGAACUGUAGCUCAGACAUACGAUUACGGUUACGGUAGAGCUGCUCCUGCAGCUACUUACGACGCCACUAAAACUUAUUAUCAACAACCUGCUGCUGCAGCUGCUACUUAUACGACUACAGAGACACAUUAUCAAGCUGCAAAGCCUGCAUACAGUACAACUAGUGCCUAUACAGGCACUGCCAGACAAGCUACUACCACAGGGCAAGCUAAAACCUAUCAAGCAUCGAGCACAGCUUAUCAGCAAUCUAAUCCUACACAAAGCGCUACAUAUUCUUCAGGAUAUACAGCUCCAGCUACUCCAGCGGCUACACCAUCGACAGCGACAAAUAAAACGGCGAGUACAACGUAUUCCGGCUACGACGCAGCGCUUUAUAGCGCUGCGACUAUGUAUGUAGCCCAACAGAGUGCAAACAGCAAUUCGACUAACCAGAAGACUGGAGGUUGGCAGGGCUACGGACGGAAGGGAUUCGGAACUGGAGGGGGAGGGAUGAAGGCAAUGCGGCCAAAGCAGCCUCCCAAGCCUCAACAACUUCAUUAUUGCGAUGUCUGUAAGAUCAGCUGUGCUGGACCUCAAACCUAUCGAGAACAUUUGGAAGGACAAAAGCACAAGAAGAAGGAAGCUUCUUUAAAAGUACCACAACAGCCUCCAGCACGUGGAGCAGGAAAUAGUUUACGUUGCGAACUGUGCGAUGUUACCUGUACGGGCAAUGAUGCGUAUGCGGCCCACAUCAGAGGUGCCAAACAUCAGAAGGUAGUGAAAUUACAUACAAAACUUGGAAAACCAAUCCCAAGUGCCGAUCCUACUGUUUUGAAUCCAAAACCUGCAGCAGCAGCAAAAACUACAGGAACUAAGAAGCCCACGGUGACUGCAACUCCUAAAAUUAAUUUUGUUGCUUCUGGGAAUUUAGGUACUGUUAAUCAAAAUCAAACGACUGAAAUAAAAACGGAAGAAGCAGUUGCCGAAGAAACUGUUGAAGAAGCAGCCGUAGAUGAAAAAGAUAUUCAACCAGUUGGUCAAGAAUAUAUCGAAGAGAAUAAGUCUGAAGAUGGAAAAAUAAUAAGCUUUAACUGCAAACUUUGCGAAUGUCGCUUUAACGAUCCUAAUGCCAAAGAUAUGCACAUGAAGGGAAGGCGCCAUCGAUUUGCUUAUAAGAAGAAGGUUAAUCCAGACCUUGUCGUAGAUAUGAAACCGAGUUUAAAGCAAAGAAAAAUGUUAGAGGAAAAACUAAGACGACAACAGAUGCGAGAUGAGUAUUUACGACGUAGGGAAGAAAUUAAUCAGUUAGGUCCGAUGGGACCAAUGAUGGACGAAGAAAUGAUGUAUUGGGAAGAACGUCGUCGAUACGAAGAAGAAUGUGAAUAUUAUGAAUGGUAUAGACGCUAUGGACGUGGACCAGGUGCUCCUCCAAUUUCAAGACCAUUUCCUGGCCCACCACCAUUAAUGAUGUUUCCUGGACCUCAGAGACGACCAGAUUCAUCCGACGAUAAACAUGUAUUAGCUCAUCAUACAACUAUAUAUCCUAAGGAACAAGAACUGCUGGCAGUUCAAAAAAUUGUUUCCCACACGGAGAAGGCUUUGAAGUUUGUCUCGGAUGCGUUAGCGGAAGCUGGUAAAAAAACAACUACUCCGGUUACUACUACGACAGCCGCUCCUACGACUCCGACGCCUGCUAAUACACAAGUAAUUUCUCCAGACACUAUAAAGAAAGAAGACGGUGAUAAGAAGAAGACAACUACGACGACGACGACGACGACGACAACGACGACGACACAGCCACAAAAGGAGGAUGGUAGUGAUGGUAAUCUUUUCUCAUUCCAAAAGGAGAAAGAAGAUUCGAGAAUAUUACGAGGUGUUAUGCGUGUUGGGAAUCUAGCUAAAGGACUGUUGUUGUCUGGUGACAAUCACGUAUGUCUUGUUGUGUUGUGCGCUGAAAAACCAACAAGGACAUUAUUGAACAAGGUUGCAGAAAUUUUACCGGCUCAAUUAAAAAUCGUUGCACCAGAGGAUACUUACAACGUCGGUAAACAUCCAGAGUCUGCUGCCCUUACUGUUUCUGGAGGAUCAGUAACAGUCAGUGUAACGCUCACCAGUCCUCUCAUGCGCGAAACGCCUAAAACAGUGGCAACAGCAGAUAAUGCUGGACAGCAGCAACAGGGAGCUGCUCAACCACAAACCACGCCCGCGACGCCCGCCGUGACGAAACCAGAUCCACCAGAUGUACUUCCCAAGGCUAAGUGUUUGGAGGCUUUAGCUGCACUCAGGCAUGCCAAGUGGUUUCAGGCUAGAGCAACUUCACUGCAGAGCUGCGUAAUGGUCAUUCGCAUAAUGCGCGAUCUUUGUAAUCGUGUACCCACGUGGGGACCUUUGAAUCCAUGGGCGCUAGAGUUAUUGACUGAAAAGGUUAUCAGCACAGCUGGAGGACCUCUUAGUCCAGGCGAAGCUUUACGAAGACUUUUGGAAUGCGUAGCUGGAGGAAUAUUAUUACCGGGAAGUCCAGGAUUAUCUGAUCCAUGCGAGAAAGAACCGGUAGAUGCGAUAGGUAAUAUGUCGGCUCAACAAAGAGAAGACAUAACAGCUUCGGCGCAGCAUGCACUACGAUUAGUUGCAUUCCGCCAAAUUCAUAAGGUUCUUGGUAUGGAACAACUGCCACCACCAAAAUAUAAGGGUAGAUUUGCAAGGAAACGAAGACGAGACAAUAGUAACGGGGAAGGAACGGACAGUGAAGCUUCAAAAAAGGACAAAAAAGCUGAGGAGAUCAAAAUGGAGACAGACUCCAAGUAGAUCUACCAAAACACAUUCGCUUUAUGAAUUUACCCAUAACUUAUAUAAUGUAAGAAAACUUUCCCUCGUGUCAAUUGCUUGUUUAAAAAGAUAUAUUUAUGAAUUAGGAAUGAGACACAUACGAAUAGAAAAUGAAACUUGUAACUGUUGCUAGAACGUAUUUGUUGAUUACAAGAAAAACAACAACAAAAUAAUGAUAAUGAUAAUGAUAAUGAUAUUGAUAACAGGCAAACGUAUUUUGACAUUACACGAUAACAACAAUUAUACAUUGAUAUUUCUUGAACAAUGGCAUGAUCAUAUUUUUCAGAUACAUUGAAAUCUUCUUCCAUCACGAUUUGUUUUAUCUCGUUAUGUAUUAAGUAGUUUUACUCGACUAGGUAAUUGUUUGUUUUUACAAUUAUCACAUAAUUUUUUAACUUCAAAAAGACGUAAUAGUUCUUUUUGGUCAGCUAGUUCAAUUCACAUUUGUAUAUUUUAUUAACUAUUGAAUGAUAGUGUUCUUUUCAAGUACGGGUUAUUAUUUCUUUCUAUUGAUGUCUCUAGUAUUCAUUAUAGGUUUUGUUUUCUUUUCUCUCUUAGCUAUUUUAAGUUCUGAGUGUGAACUUUGUAAGCAGCCAUUUUUUUUCUUUUUUUUUUUUCUUUUCUUUUUUUUUCUUUUUUUUUUCUUUUUUUUUCUUUUUUUUUUUCUUUUUUUUUUCUUUUUUUUUUCUUUUUUUUUUUUUUUUUUUUUUUUUUUUAAUUCAAUGAGGUUGCCUAUCUCUCGGUAGAAACAUAUCUCGAUUGAUAUGAGAGAUAUGUUCACGUUUAUAAUGUGCGACCAUGACCUUCGUAUAUAUCAAAUAAGAUACAAUUUAUUCUCUAUGAAACAUCUCCGUGAUUAGUAAGAUUAUUAUUAUUGAUCUUUCCCAAACAGGCAAUUGGUACGAUUAGCGCCAGUAAAACUAGGUUUUUGUCGAAGGAAAUGAUGGAUGCAUUAGUUUUGAAUACAUAUUUAGCUAUGUUUCAAAAUCACAUAGUGUACGAAGCAAAAAAAGUUUAAUGUGAAGUAAAAAAAAAAAAAAAAAAAAAAAAAAUAAUAACAAAACAAAACAAAAAAGAAAAAGAAUGAAAAAACAGAAAGAAAGAAAUUGAAAUUAAAGUGAAAAACGAAAAAGGACAAUUUCUAAGUUUGACGAUGGUUAAGUGUAGGAAUAGGAUAUGCAAAGAUUUUGUGUGUAUGUUGUGUGUGUAGUCGUACAUAAGUGCAGAACAUUCGGCUGCACCGAUCACUUAUUAGCAGAAGCGCAUACGCCUAUUAUCGCGUACAUUGACUUACGCAGAAGAUUCCAAAAAA